CGAAGUACGAUCGUUGAAUCGAGCUGCUUUCUGGCGCGGUCGGACAUGCCAGUGCAUGCAACAUCCAGCGGUGUCCCUGGCGUGGGCAGGUGACCAGCCUCUAUUACCAAGAUGAGAACCCCAUCGAUUCAAUGCUGUGCAGCUGCCUUUCUAAUUGAAGGCGUGUGGGCCCAUGCUCAGGAGUCAGAUCCCCUGAAUACCAUCCAUGUUCCAGUUCCAACUCCCCAGAGGAAAGGGUAAAAGGCUAAGGGUAUUAUGAGGAGAUGCUGGUACGAUUGUUUCAUGUCCACCCGAGCGCGUCGCAAUGCGUGGUUCGAUUUCCUGACACACCAGGCGGAAUAACGGCUGGCCUUCCGUUCCGGAUCUCGUGGACUAACUGCACAACGCCCGUUCAAGUUCAAGUUUUGGACAAACCCGGAGGUUACGUACUUCAAAACUACAUUAGAUAUGAAUCUCCUUCCUACAUUAACAUCACUGACGGCAAUGUGGGCAGGACGAUUUACCUUAGCUUGAGAGAUCGGACUGGAUCCUUUCAUUCAAGCUUACCUUACGUUGUCAAGCCGAAUUCUGCCUUUGUGUCCUCGUCCUCCAUGUCCGCUUCACAUACAAUUCGUCUCGCUCAGUGCUGCAUCUGUUCGGUUUGUCAGCCUUGUCAGCGUUUCCUCUGUCGCGGCGCUCUCGGCACAAUCGACGAUCUCAAUUCGGUCAGCGAACUCUGUCCAGUCAGAGCGCUCGACACUGUCUGUACACUCCGUGCGGUCCGUGCGGUCCGUGCGGUCCGUACAGUCCACGAGUAGUGUCCAAUCCCUUGCCAGGCUUUCGUCACUCUCAGUUCAGUCCU